GUCUUUCUUAAUUGUUUAAUGCGUACUGGUUACUCCUUUUUAAUUCAACAAUAAUUUUCUAUUCUUAACAACAUUAAUCACAUCACGUAGGAUUAUAUAGAAGUUGGAGAAACAAUCACAUUCCGUUGAAGAAGAAAAGAUUAUAUACGAUUCCGUUUCAUUGACCCCCCGAUUUUAAAAAUUAAAAUCACCACGGAGUACUGUUUUUUGCUUCAAUUUCGCUGAUCUGAUUUGAUUGUUCUUCUCAGAGUUUCAGGUUUCUGCUCCCUUUUCCGCCAUUGAAACUGCUCUAUUAUACUUCACUGCACACUCGCACUACCAAUAUAUAUGACUGAAAUGAGUAACUGCUUAUCAAAAUGCAGCAGAUCUAGGGUUUUAAUAAUGCUGGUUUCUUACCUGACUGUUUUUUUAUUUGCAGUGGGGUUGCGGGUUUUUCUUUUUUCUUUUUUGAUAUCCAAUUCUAAUGAGACAUUGAGAUUUUGGUGGGAGCGGAACUGUACUCUGUGAAGAUGAGCGAAGGGCAGCGGUUUCAGCUGGGGACUGUCGGAGCCCUGAGUUUAUCCGUGGUUUCAUCGGUUUCUAUUGUGAUUUGCAACAAGGCUUUGAUCAGUACUCUGGGUUUUACUUUCGCUACAACAUUAACAAGUUGGCAUCUUCUGGUCACCUUUUGUUCUCUUCAUGUCGCAUUAUGGUUAAAAUUGUUUGAGCACAAGCCUUUUGAUCCUAGAGCUGUAAUGGGCUUUGGGGUGCUGAAUGGAACAUCCAUUGGACUCCUGAAUCUGAGCCUGGGUUUUAAUUCUGUUGGAUUUUAUCAGGUUGAGUUUCAUCUUUUCCCUUCCACUCUGUUCUGACCUGUGUUUUAAGGUGUUGAUGUUGUUUAAUAAGUCUGGUGCAUUAAGAUUAUGAUGUUUGAUAACUUGUUCUGCUUCUCUUGAUCAUCCAUAUAACUGAAGUUUCGAAUUGUCGAUUGAGUAUGAAAGUAGUAAUAGUGAUUCUGCCUUACAUUUGCAGUAGGAACAUUUAGGUGAUGCCUAUGUUUGCGAGGAAGCUUGAUGCUAAUAGUUUUAAUCAAACAUUAAGUGUGUAUAUCCACUUUCCUUGUGAUAUUGCAACAAAUGUACCGCUCUGCUGAAAGCUUCAGAGCAAGUUGGUUUACUAGACUUUGUCUUCAAGUUUAUUCCUGUGCGUAGUUAUCAUAAUUUGUUCUUUUGGAAACAUAUCUGAUUGUUUUUGCCCUCUUCUCUACGCAGAUGACUAAAUUAGCCAUCAUCCCCUGCACAGUUUUGUUGGAGACACUCUUUUUCAGAAAGAAAUUCAGUAGGAACAUCCAGUUUUCAUUGGGCAUUCUUCUCUUGGGAGUUGGAAUUGCAACUGUCACUGAUCUGCAGCUCAACCUUGUGGGUUCUGUCUUGUCCCUGCUGGCAGUUAUUACAACCUGUAUAGCACAAAUUAUGACUAAUACUAUCCAGAAGAAGUUUAAGGUGUCAUCAACCCAACUCUUGUAUCAAUCUUGCCCUUAUCAAGCAAUCACGCUUUUUGUAACUGGACCAUUUGUUGAUGGACUUUUGACAAACUUAAAUGUAUUUGCCUUCCAAUACACCCCACAAGUGUUGGCAUUCAUUGUUCUGUCCUGCUUGAUCUCAGUUUCUGUAAACUUCAGUACCUUUCUAGUCAUUGGGAAGACAUCCCCUGUCACUUAUCAGGUCCUUGGACAUCUAAAAACUUGCCUUGUAUUGGCCUUUGGUUAUGUCCUUCUACAUGACCCAUUCAGCUGGCGGAAUAUUCUAGGCAUCUUGAUUGCUGUAGUUGGAAUGGUAGUCUACUCUUACUAUUGCACGCUAGAGAGUCAGCAAAAAGCCUCUGAAGGAGCUGCACAAUUGUCUCAGGUGAAGGAAAGUGAAUCUGAUCCUCUAAUAAGCGUGGAAAAUGGAGGGAGCAUCUUAAACGGUGACGCUGCUGCGAAUGCUGUUGGAUGGAAUUCAAACAAGGACCUGCGAGCAUAGUCUAUCCUCUUACUUCAUAUUGUAACUCAAAUACAGCGAUGAAGAUGUCGCUACUAAAGAUUUUCAUAGUGGCUCAAUAGAUGCGGCACAUUACAGUAGAUGAUAUAUACUUGUAUCUGGCAAGUUCUGAGCUUGAUGGGGAUUUAUUUGCGUUACAACAGUUUUGUUACUCAGGCAUGUGCCACAAAGAGUUUGAUAGCAGAGUGUAAACUUACCAGUUGUAGGGGUAUUGUUAGUCCAGGAGAGGAAGAAACACAUUUCUUCACCAACUUUUGCCAUUGAUCUCCUUUUUUUGACUGUGAUAACAGUCACUCAUCAUCAUCCGAAUGUAUUAUUUCUUUGGAUCCUUAAUCAUAUAAUAUAUCAUUCAGUAUAAAGCAAUUUUCAUGCUA